CUGGUUACCAGCAGCUUUUGCCUGACUAAAACCUCCACACGCCGUCACUUCCGCCAAAAAGCGUCUACGUGAUGCGUCAGCGCGCUUACGGCUGUUGUGUCGUGACGUCACACUCUCGCGACGCGAGAUUUCUGACGUCUGGAUUAGCUGUCCGGCAGGAUCCAAGGAGCUGGACAUCAACGGAGCUGCGGGACGUUUGAACAGCGAUCCGGGAAGAAAAUCCGGACUGUCCCGCGGAAAGCUGGACUAUUGGGCGGUCCGUGACGUCGGGAGGAGCCAGGAUGAGUGAGACGCCUCCGAGCCGCCCUGGAAUCGCAUUCGAAAUUGGUGCACGUUUAGAAGCGCAAGACUAUUUACUGAAAUGGUACCCCUCAAAGAUAGAGAAAAUCGACUACGAAGAGGAAAAGCUGCUGAUCCAUUUUGAGCGUUGGAGCAGUCGAUACGACGAGUGGAUCCACUGGGACAGCAGCCGACUCCGCCCCCUCGAGAGGCCGUCAUUGAGGAAGGAGGGGCUCAGAGAUGACGAAGAAAAUUUUGAUUUUAAAGAAGGGGAAGAGGUGUUGGCGCGAUGGACUGACUGCAGAUAUUACCCAGCCAAGAUUGAAACUAUAAACAAGGAAGGAACUUACACCGUGCAGUUUUAUGAUGGGGUCAUUAGAUGUCUGAAGAAAAUGCACAUUAAAUCCAUGCCAGAAGAUGCAAAAGGACAGGAUUGGAUCGCACUUGUCAAAGCAGCUGCAGUGGUGGCAGCAAAGAAUAAAUCCGGGAACAAGCCCAGGACCAGCAUCAACAGCAAUAAAGACAAAGAGGAGAAGAAGUGGAGCAAAGGGCUCUCCAAGAAGGAAGAGGCAGUUCUGAGCAAAACGUUUGGCAUCUUCCAGAAAGAGGAGGAGGAGCCCACAUCGAGCAGGAACCUGGGUACUCCCCUUACUUCCUCUACAGAUGUUGCUUUGCCAGAGACUUCAAGGAUGAGUAUUGAGCCACAAGAGAAUGAGCUUUUGCUGAAAAGAAAACUGAGUCAGACAAGUUCGUUUCAAGCAAAGAGAGCUCGUCUGAACAAAAUUACAGGAUUAUUGGCAUCUAAAGCCGUUGGUUUGGACGAAGCAGAGAAGAAGGAUCGCGUCUCAGAAAAGACAUCAAGGCCGGAGGAGGAGAUUUCUCCCAAACCACAGAAACAAAAUGAAGGUGCCAUUAGCCACCCUUGCGGCACACUGAAGCCCGCUCUGCUCCCGACAGCUUUAUCUGCAGGGAAGUCUCGCAGCAGGAAAAACAAACGGGAUCCCGGAGAUGCCUCGGGGUGUAAACAGAUUCCCAUGUCCCCUAUUGCUCCAGACUUAACGCAAGGGACGUCACAGCCUGCAGCUCUGGGCAAGGCUUCAGGGCGCAAGAAUCGAAGGAGGCCUCAGAGAUCAGCCCUUCCAUCGUCUGGAGAUUUCCCCAGCCCUCCAUUCAGCAAUCGGAAAGGACUGCAGAGCGGCCCUCACACCCAGCAAAGACUUUCAGUAGCGACUGUCCCCGCCGAUGCCCCAGAGAAGCCGGAGCCUCUGGAUCUAAGUCACAGCACGGAGCCCACGGCAGCGCCUGUACCUCCUGAAUCCUCCAUCCGCGUGAACUGCCCCAGUAAAGAAAAGGAAAAUAUACAACGGAAAUCCAGUUCUUCCAAAGCAGUAGCAGACAGUUCAGCCUCGGCCUCAUCCGCUUCAUCCCCUCAAGUUCAUGCCUUAAAAUCGGCCGUGCCAAACAGUGUUAAACCUGCGAAGGGGACUAAAAAGAAGAAAUCUUGUGUGUCAGAAGGAACAGAAAACCCCCCGUCUGCCGGGGCAUCAGACAAAGUCUCUAAUAAUGUACAGGAAAAAGUCAUAAAGAAAGUGAAUGAGAAGGACAAGCGUUCAGAAGUUGGGGUCGUAAAAGAAAAGAAAGUCAAAAUUGAGGAGAAACCUCCAUCAGUCGGGAAAAAGAAAGACAAAGAUCGGAAGGAGAAAAAAGAGAAGGAGCACUCGAAAUCCAAACAGAAAAAGAAGAAAAAGAAAAAAAAGAAAUCCAAGCAGCACGAAUAUUCAGACCUUGAGGAGGCUUCUAUGGAAUACUUGGACAGAUCUUCCCCCCCAGUGACCCUCUCAUCCCCCGGCACGUUAUCUGUCUGCAACACAUUAACUGUGAAGAAUAAUUCAUUUCCGUUCCCACGAGCAAUCUUGUCUGUGGAUCUCACUGGAGAAAAUCUCUCUGAUAUGGAGUUUCUGGAUAAUUCUUCUACGGAAAGCCUGAUUCUCAGCGGGGAUGAGUACAACCAAGAGUUUGAUUCGGCCAUUUUUGAAGAGUCGCAGGAUGAAGAAGAGGCUGUGAAUGAGAUUGUGCGGUGCGUCUGUGAGAUGGACGAGGAGAAUGGUUUCAUGAUUCAGUGUGAAGAAUGUCUGUGCUGGCAGCAUAGUGCCUGUAUGGGGCUGUUGGAGGAGAGUAUUCCUGAGCAAUACGUGUGCUACAUCUGCACUGACCCCCCAGGUCAGAGGUGGAGCGCGAAAUACCGAUACGAUAGAGACUGGUUCAAUAAAGGCCACCUGUGCGGCUUGUCUUUUGUAAACGAAAACUAUUCCUACCUGAAUGCCAAAAAGAUCGUCUCCACUCACCACUUACUGGCCGACAUCUUCAACGUAACGGAGAUCAUGUACGGGCUGCAGCUCAAGUUUGGCGUACUGAAGAACAAGGAGCACCCGGACCUCCGAUUGUGGGCGUGUCCCGGGAAGCAGAAGGAACAGGGAGACCUAAACGAGAAAAGAACGUUUUGCACGAACCAAUCGGACAGAACGGCAUGUGGGCAAAACCAUAUAGGCUUCCCCAGUAAGCUUUGUAAAUCUGACGACACGUAUAUAACGAGCGAGCACAGCUAUCAGAAGCUUCCGAUCGGCGACCACGACUGCAAUUCAACCAGUGAGGCCGCCGGAUGCAACGAUGAGGCCGGAGCCACGGAAAAAAGGGAAACUCUGGGCGACACGAAAACAUGUUUACAAGGUUCUUUAAAGACAGAGAGGAAGAGUGAACAGAAUGUGGUGGAAGAGAAUAAAGUGUCUCAUGAGAGGAGAGGAGCGGAGGAGCAAGUGGACUCACAUGUACAGUGGCAGCUGAACCUCUUGGCUCACAUAGAGAAUGUGCAGAAUGAAGUCAGCAGCAGAAUGGACCUCAUAGAGAAGGAGGUGGAUGUUCUAGAGAGCUGGUUGGAUUUCACGGGUGAGCUGGAGCCGCCGGAUCCGCUGGGGAGAUUGCCGCAGUUAAAGAGACGCAUGAAGCAGCUUCUUAUGGACAUGGGCAAAGUGCAGCAAAUUGCCGCCGUCUGCUCCGUAUGAUGAUAGAAAACGGCAGCGGGAGGCGGUCUGUGCCGGACUAUUUUGCUAUUUAGGAUACAAAAAAGAAAAAAAAAAUUUGUACGAGUUUUAUGAAACAAAUAUAUAUAUAAAUAUAUAUUAUUAGUAUUGAUCCUUUGCAAGGAUUAUUAAUACAUCCUUUUAAACCAGGCGAGAGGGAUAACCAGUUAGUUGAGAGCCGGAGAUGGAGGUGCCUCGGAAGAUGACACUUGCGUUUUCACUAGCUGGCGGAUAAUCAUUGCCUCCCCGGUGUAUUUUUUUUUUUUUUUUUAAUUUUGGUCUCUUCUUCACGCAAACUUCAGAUUUCAAUCCAACAUGCUGAUUCUCAUUAAAGCAGCACUGAAUAUCCAAGCCAUAGAAUUCACUAAGGCUCCAUCUGUGGUCCCCCUAGCCGUCCUUAUGCAACUGCCAGCAUCCUCUGACAGCAGAAGAGCAGCUGGAGGGCUGCAGGGUAGGUGUAUCUGAUAUGCAGCUGGAACAUCUUGCUAUGACAUGGGGCACUACGUGGGCUCAUUGCAUUGCUAAAGUUGGCUCCAUCUUUAGUUAUUAUCAAGGCUGAGAUAGAGAUCAGUUCAGAUAUUAUGUAACCGCUGCAAUACCUACAAACGGAGAUUCUGGACCUGGAUUUUAGCACUUUAUAGAUUAGUAUAGAGGCUUGAGCUCAGGAUGAGAUGAAUAAAAGGGGUGGUGGCUCAACUAGAUGUUACUGGGCCCCACAGCAAAAUGAUUUUAGGGCCCCCAAAAUAUUUAGAGGUUGUGCUGUUUUAUUAAUAUAUAUUAAAAUUGCUCAUAAAUAGGGUCUCGUGGGGCCCCCCUAUACCUCCUGGGGCGUUGGGGUCUGCUUCCUCUGUAGUUAGACCCCUGGGGGUGAAAUAACAUCCAGUAUGCUGCAUCAAUCAAUCAGGCAGUUGGUGGUUUCCAUCUUUGCCAAUCCAGAUUAAUUUCCAGUAGGGAUGCACCAAAUCCAUAUCCCCAGUACUGAACCAGAUUUGCUUCCUUUGCCUUGAAAUACCUAGGAUACUUUUUCUUUAAAUGACGUCCCACCACCUUCAAGGAUUUCUUAGGGAUCCAUUGCGGCUCUCCGGGACUGUUCAAAUGCGCAAUAGAAUAAAAUGUCCACUUUGCUGCACAUGCAAACUGGCCUGGACAACCACAAGAGAUACUUUUUUGAUGAUUGUGCGGUGCUCGGAGACAAAGUACCCUGGCCUGGUGCAUUUUUUAGGUUUCUGUGUGGUGUAAAUGGUGGCCUUGUACUACAGUUUGAGGCUCUAGAAAACUCUAUGAUGCAAAUGGUAUGAGACCCUAGAGUGGCCAGGUCCUACAGAUCCUGAACCAGGUCAUAGUCCCAGGUUCCUCUUUGGUUUAAAUGGUAUAAUGGCCUGUAGAGUGGCCAUGUACUAAAGUUUGAGAUCCUAUGUUUCAGGCUCUAGUCCCAGGAUCCUCUAUGAUGUAAAUUGUAUGAAGACCCCCCUAGGGUGGCGAGGUCCUACAUAUUUAAAACGUAUGUUUCAGGCCAUAGACCAAGGUUCCUCUUUGGUGUAAAUGGUAUCGAUCCCUAGGGUGGUCCGGUUCUACAGUUUGAAAAACUAGGUUUAAGGCUAUAGUCCCAGGUUCCUCUUUGGUGUAAAUGGUAUAAGAACCCCUAGGGUGGCUAUGUGCUACAGUUUGAGAAUCUAUGUCACAUUUCAUAGUCUCAGAUUCCUCUUUGGUUUAAAUGAUAUAAGAACCUCAAGUGACCAUCAACUAUAGUUUCAGAACUUAUGCGACAGGUCAUAGUCCUAGGUUCCUCGUUGGUUUAAAAAGUACAAGGACAUCUAGGGUGGUCAGGUCCUACAGAUUCAAAACCUAUGUUUCAGGCCACAGUCCCAGGUUCCUCUUUUGUGUAAAUGGUAGCAACCCCUAGGGUGGUCCGGUCCUACAGUUUGAGAACCUGUGUUUCAGGCUCUAGUCCCAGGAUCCUCUAAAGUAAAUGGCAUGAGACCCCUAGGGUGGCCAGGUCCUACAGUUGGAGAACCUAUGUUUCAGUUCACAGUCCCAGGUUCCUCUUUUGUGUAAAUGGCAGCAACCCCUAGGGUGGUCCGGUCCUACAGUUUGAGAACCUGUGUUUCAGGCUCUAAUCCCAGGAUUGUCUAAUGUAAAUGGCAUGAGACCGUUAUGGUGGCCAGGUCCUACAGUUGGAGAUUCUAUGUUUCAGUCUACAGUCGCAGGUUCCUCUUUGGUGUAAAUGGUAUAAGAACCUCUAGGGUGGACAUGUUCUACAGUUGGAGAACCUGUGUUUUAGGCUCUAGUCCAAAGCUCCUCUAAAGUAAGUGGCAUGAGACGCCUAGGGUGACCAGGUCCUACAGUUGGUGUUUCAGGCCAUAGUCCCAGGUUCUUCUUUGGUGUUGAACUUAACACUUGAACUAUUAUCAUAUCAUGAUGGGGAUGAGUCUCCAGCAAUGGAUAUUUUUUCCUGACUGCUCAUUGGUAAUAAAAAGGGAGACAGACAUCCAUUUCUGGAGGUGCAGAUCCCAUUGUGAUAUGUUGAGUUCUACAUGAGAUCGUCUCUAUUUUACCGAUGGACACAAUGCUGUUUUAAUAAUCAUUUUAGCAGUCGCUCAUUUUUAGCCUAUUUUAUGCCGGCAUGCACUAUUUUUAAAUAAAUGUGCCAAAAUGACUACUACAGGGAACAGGACCGCCCCGUUACGGUGGUGCUGUCGGUGCCGGGAGCUGGUUGAUCUAGAGAUACUUUAUAUGCAUUGUAACCCAUUUUUUUUGCAGUGUUCUGAAUAGAUCUGUAUAUAUUUUAUUAUUUUGGCCCAGAGUAAUUCAACACUGGCUUAUUUUGUUGUUCUUUCUGGUGUGCGCCCAUCCUCAGCGGGCAUGAGGAGAUGAGGCCGACCGGUCACGUCUGGGCGCCACGCAACCACUAAAAUAGCUAUACGGAAAUACAGAAGAUAAUGUGUUUUAUUGCAGUUGUUUAGAGGUCCCCCCCCUUUUGUUAAGUCUGUACUGAAAUCCUCACAAACCAAAGGUUAAAGGGAAGAGUGUGCCGUUUAUAAAUAUUGUAUCUGACAAAAUGUACAAAGGAAAAAAUAAAUAAAAAAAAAAAGCUUCUCUAAA